AGGAGUUAAGGCGCUGGGGAGAACAGAGUUUUUGACAUCGGGACUGCCUGAGUAUCGUCCAGCCAUGAAGGGUUUGGUGAGCGCCGCCAUCCUCCUCCUGCUCCUCGUUAUUUGCUCCAUUGAUGUGGAGGCUUAUAACUGUAAAUGUAUUCGGAAGAGACCGAAGAUCAGCUACAAAGACGUACAGAAGGUGGAAGUUAAAGCGCGAUACCCCUUCUGUAAAGAGAAAAUGAUCUACGUUACCACUACUCGGUCCGGGCGUCAGCAAUACUGUCUGCAUCCCAAAUUGCCCAGUACCAGGAAUCUGAUCAACCAUUACAUCAAAUGGAUGACGACAUACGCGACAUACGUGGAAUAGAACAUCCACGGGGCACGGGCAUGUGCACAGUGGCUGAGCUGUUUGUAGUAACGGAAUCCUUUCACGAAAGUCGAAUUCAAGAUCUUCGUUUCCACCACAAUGGAGUCUUAUUUUCCUUUCCUGGUAACAUGCUGCUUCAACAAAGGUCACCCACCGCUACAAGCCCGGGGAAUCUGGAAGCGUCGGGCAGGCAGCUUCCAGACCAGUAUACAAACUUCCGUCUUCGCGACUUUGCAAGUACUCCAUCAAACAAAAGGCGCACGGAGGGAAGGGGGUUAUUUUUCAAUAAAAGUGGUGCAAUUUGAUAUUUUUGUAUUUCAUUACCUGACAUCCAGAUUUAUAAAAUAUGCACUCUCUGUUUUAAUCUAUUGUGUGCAGGAGAAAUUCUAUUUUAUCUUCAACGCUAUGAGUGGUUUACUUGUGUGGACCUGUAUAACUCUAUUUCAGGAGAAAGGAUGACAAGCGCGUUGGGUUUUUUCCUCUGCGUUGGAGGGAAGAGUUGAAUGUGCCCAGGGUAGUGGUAAGCCCCACCCGUGGUUGGUAGGCUUUUUGCAUCCGUCUGUAUUUUUGCUAAUUUAUAUUACUUACUCCAGUGUGCUUUGUGUAAAUACAGCAAUAUUUUAGAAGUUCCAGCGUGACUCCAAGGAAAUGCUGAGGUGUCGUUUGCUUCUGAUGUAUUUUCAAAUAAAGUUUAAGAA